AGAACAGUUAACAAAAAAGUAUAAAUAGGUCCCAAAUGGAAUAAAAAUCACAUUUUAUUUCGCAUACGUUGGAAAAUGUCUACUAUUGGUUCAAUAAUUCUUAUGUUCGCCUUUCAGGCGGUAUCUUGUAUUCACGGAUGGGAUGAUUAUUUUGAACGUGAUCUAACAAACAAUCGAACGGACGAUGGUCAGCAUAAUUUUUGGGAAAACCUUUCAAGCACAACCAUUCAACCUUCAACGGCAAAAGUUACUACUCGACAAACACCAAAUCAACAGCCAUGUAAUGAAAGUUUGUUUAGAAAAAAUGAUGUUGAAGCGAUUGUAAAUUACAUGUAUGACCAGUUAAAUCUCAACAAAAGUAUUAACGCGUCGUAUUACACAUUUGGAAAAGAUGCGCAUGACAGUAAGAUGGAAAGAAUUGAUGGAUUCGAGGAAUGGUUUAGUGAUCGACCGAAACACUUAAAAGAACUAAUCGAAGAUAUAUCUAAGAAUCAUAAGCUCAUUGAGCCAAGGGUAUCAAAGUUAAGUAACCUUCUGAAUGAACAAGAAGCAGUAUAUAAUCAAAUCAAUAACCAGAAGAAACGUUAUGAAUCCUUAUCAAAAAAGUAUAACCUGUAUAAAAGUCUCUGUAAAGAAAAUUGUGGUCAUAAAAUAUCAAAGAGGAGUAUUGACGAGAAUCUAUAUUGUGGCACUCCCAAAAAAAUUAAAGAAAAAUCUACAUUAGAAAUGGAGGAUUACGUCGAGAAGCUAAAACCAGAGCUGAUUACGAUUAUAAAAAAUGUAAGUGAGGCCUACGACACUGAUAUUCAAGAUAUGGAACAAAAAAUUAAAGAGGCAGCAUUAAAGGCAUAUGGACCGACAAUGUAUAAAACACUACUUUUACAAGACGAUUAUCGCACUUACAAAGAACUUGUGAGUCAAAAUUCUGAGAAGAAAAUUUAUGAUAUAAAAAAAACCGUCUCGAUGAUGGAUGCUCAAUUAAUGGAAUUGGAACUUGCUGUGGAUAAAUACAAACAACACUGUAUAAGCUGUUCUGAAAUCUCAAUUACCAGAGUUUCCCGGAUGAUUGUACCUUCUGCGGACGAUGUCAUAAAUUCUCAGAAUGAAGUUGGUUCUUUAUUAGAUAUUGUUAUUGAAUCUAAAAAGGAACAAAUUCGUAGUCAAGCUAUAAGCGAUAUUACAAAUAUAUUCCAUGAUGUGGAAGAAAGGAUAAAUGCAAUGUUACAACGCGAAAUGGACAUGAAAAACUUUGAGCCUGUUCAAGAAGACAUUAAACAUGAACUGGAUAAAAAAAGGGAUACACUAAGUGCCUUCAUAAAAAUUGUUUCCAAAGAAAAUAUUGAUGCAUUUUUCUCGUUGGAAGAUCCUGCUGAACAAUUAAAAUCCGAUAUUAGUAAUUUGUUCAAUGAGUUACAGAAAAAUGUAUAAAUAUCGAUUUCCUAAUUUUAUACUAUUUUAAUAAACUAUCAUUUUAUAUAUGAAUAUAGCAUAAUAUAUUACAUCACAUACCUUGUAAACGCCUUUCUUGGAAUGGUCUUCAAGAAUGUGAUAUGAAUAAUUUAUCUUUGAUUUGAUAACAUGUAGAUAGUAAGAUUUAAGAUGAUAAAAAAACAAAAAAAAUAAUCAUCAUCAUCUUGUAUCUGUGCAAGAUUUUGAUCCUCUCCUUAAAUGAAACAUUAACAUAUGGAUUUUAGUAAUAUUGUAUGUGAGUGGAUUUUUUUUUUGUAACUGACACCUAAAGUCCAAAAAUUGACUCGUCCUCUAUAAAAUGAAUCGUUAUGAUGAAUUUAUAAUAAAGGGUGAGCGACCGGCGGCCGAUUACCGAUAUACAACACUUCACGAUAAAUGUGAAUAGGUAUUGUGCGCGGGCGCAUACAAAAGUGUUAUAGCUUAUUGUGUAUUAUAUUUGAGAGGGUUCAAGCAGACGUUGACACCAAACAGCAGAAUACACUAGGUUUUUUAAUUAUUUAUUAAAUGUGCAAAAAAUAAUAUAAAUGGUUCUUUCCUU